AAAAUGUCUAGUGUAGCUCUCUGGCCACAUGGAUGCAGCACACUCGCAGCGCUAGGCGCAGGCUAACUAGAUCUCAGUUUCAAGCGCAAGAGAAGAUGUCUGCUACCACAGAGAGAGGUGUUGAGUUGUUGGGCUCGUCUGCUCGCGUGAUAAUGCACUCUGGGAACAUUGCCAGCUGGAGCAAGCUCAGGAAGAGAGGAGUGCUCACCUCCACUGCUGAGUUGGUGUCAGCGACUGAGGCGUCCUUUACAAGCUGGCUGGGUCGUCAAGGUGACGAGACGGAGCCCGACAGUCGCGUGGUAGUACGUAACGCUGGUCUGUGUGCGGAGAUCAGUGAUAAUGAGAGGGACAGCUGUGUGUUCACCCUCAAGGUGUUCCUGCUACAGUGGGGGGCGGGACAUGACGUAGAGGACGCUAUACGAACUACACUCUCUGAGCUCGGCCUGACGUCAGUAUCCACCCUCAUCCUCGCAUUUCCCCCCUGUCCCUCGACAGAGUUUACUCUAGAUAGGGUCAAGUCGUUAUGGGAGGGGGCAGAGUCUCUGGUGGCCUCAGGGGUGGCUACUGACCUUGGGACAGCUGAUCUAGACAAGAAACAGUUUGAGGAGUUGUACGAGUGGGCGUCCGUUAAACCAAAGGUCAACCAGGUCAACCUCGCCCACUGCUGCACCAUGCCAGAGGAUCUUGUGGCAUUUUCCAAAGUGCACGAUGUUCGACUGAUGACUCAUAAUGACGACAAGGUUAUCCUACCUCAGGCACAGCUACAGGCAGCACUAGACACCACUCUGGGUGGGCGUGUUGACCACACCCAUUGGACCCCCUCCUGGGUGAUUAAGUACACAUCCAUCAUCAGACUGAGAGGAAUCAUUUCUCAUAAAGGGUAUCUGGUCAAUCUCAACACAAAGUGAAACUAAAACUCUAUAAACUUCAAACUUGCACAUUAUAGCAAUAGUUUUUUACCUCUGUGUUUCUCUUUAUAUAUUGUAUUCAAAUCAUUAAAUUUUUGUAAUUGAUUGUGCUUUUGCUAUACAGUACGUUAUAAUAAACUGA